AUGAAGUCUGCACCCUUACCAUUUGUCGUAGACGAUGGCCUCGUAUUCCUACCACGUGCAUCUCCAGCGCUUGAAUUUUUGUGUGUUACUCUCUACAUAACUCUGGCACUAGUAGCUGCGUGUCGUGAGUUGUCACAAGGAUCAACGUUACAUGGUAGCCAGCGCAGCACAUUCCAGCGACUUAUGGUACUAUUUGCGUUGACGCGCGCUGCCUCUUUCGUAGGCGAGCGUGUCAUCCGCAAUUUACUUAAUCGUGCAUCAUUGUGUCUUUUCUUUAGCCUUGUCCUAUUCCAAACAUUGUUGUGGAUUGACAUUGCCAAUCCAAAGAUCUCAACCCGCUCAAGACGCAUCUGGAUCGCAUUUAUUGUGGCUAACGGCCUCUUUUACGCUGCUGUCUUAGGACUUUCUGUAAUGCACGAGGCCAAGGUAAUUGAGGCUCAGCAUACCAAGUCUCGACUUGAUUCAUCAACGCUUUGGACAGGCGUGCUACCCGUGCUCUUUAUUGCUUUAGGUAGCUUUGUCAGCUCGCUUGGCCUCGUGUACUCAACAUGGAAGAUGCGCCGAAGAGUAGAGAGAGUCCUUAAACCGUCCGGUGAUGGAAUUAGACGACGAUUAGAUGAACGUGUGGAAAAGAAACUUACAAGAGCAUUGAGAUUUACAAGUAGUGUCAUGGGUGUGUGUUCAGUGCUGUUUUUUCUACGAACAAUAAUUUAUGUCCAGCGACCAUUUUCACAUCAAGGAUGUGGAGAUAUUCACAGUCCAGACGUAUGUGUGGUCGUGGGGUACGCUAUUCCAGAGAUUGUACCAUGUGCGCUGUUUCUUGUGCUUAUGUGGGAGGUGGAGCCAACGCUGGAGAUCCCGUCAAGACGUAGUUUAAGCUUUACUAAAGGACGCGUGACAACCGAAACAACGCCAUUGCUGAAACAAGAAGUGUUUCCCCGACCGUUGCUUGUGGCGACGAAAAAGUUGAUGGACGGGAUUCGUGUGACGUCAAAUCAAACAGUCACGCUGCCGUCUUCACCACCCGGCGUACAAAGUGGUUACUUAGCAUCUGGUCGUCGACCAAGCCCGUUGUCCUUAGGUCUUGGCAAUGGUGUCUUGGCCCGGGCGAGACGACGACUAGAAUCGGUGAUGCGACAUCAUUUAGGUGGUAUUAGUGAAGAGCAACAGUCGCACGAUAAAAUUUCUAGGCUUGAUUCAACAAGCAGUGUAGCUUCGCCUUCGGAAUUACUUGAAUUUGACACAAGAACGAGUUUUAUGACUUUCAAUGAUGGAUCUCGAAACGAUGAAUCAAGGUCUCCGACGCCCCGCGCCUGGCUAUCGUUUCAGUGCUUUAAUUUGACUUUGCCAUCUAAGUCAACUGUUCGGCCAUCAUCAUUUGUUGUGUUGCAACAAUUAAAUUCCGAGACAGGUACGGUGAUUGCGGAUAUUGGCCAUACCGAGGUUUCAUAUUCCAAAGACCCAUGCUUUCACACGAUGCUACCCGUUGAUAUGCGUGAACAAGAUGUACUUCGCGUUUCGGUGUAUUCAGUAAGAAAUCCAAAAUCUUUGGAGGACUUGAAUAGUCAGUGGCUUGUUGGCGACCCAGUUUUUUCACUAUCAUCAUUUAUGAUAGGCUCAGUACCUGCAAUUGGACGGGCAGCCAUUUUGUCUCUCUAUUCUCCUUUGUCACGAACUCGAUCCUCGGGUGAGAUUGUUGUCCGAUGUGAAGCAGAGGUUAAGGGUCUACAUGCUGGAAUGUCUAGUGACGGGCUUGAGCGUAUCACGCGGUCAUUUAUGUAUAUUGGUAUUCAAAACACAGGCAUAGAGGACAGCCUUAAUAACAACGACUCAACAUUAUCUGAGAUUGCCUUACAGAUGAUCAGUCUUGCGUCUACCAGUCAAAGGACGCACGGUAAAAUGCUGGUAGAAGAAGAAUUGAUCGAGAGUGUAUAUACGUGGGAAGUCCCUUAUCAAUUACUGCAAUUGAUUCUAUCUGACUUACUAAUGAAGCUUGAUAUACUAAAGCGUGAAAUUGCUUUUGAGAAUGGCAGCGAAAGCUCCUCGUCGACUCCUUCCAGCCAAUUUUCCACCCCUAGCGUUGGUGGCCGUUUAGCGCCACCGAUAAAUUUGCCACUCAACGGAGGACUUUAUGCUGUGCAAGAACAUGACACUGAGGAAGCAAUGAAAUCGUUAGGACAGACAGAUCCGCUAAGAUCGACCAGUUUAGAAUUAAGCUCUUCCUUAAAAUUGGAAAAUCGAGUUAGACCAGCAACUAGCAUUGGAAUGCUUUCGGAAAUGAUCAUACAAAUCCAAGACGAUGCUAUCGAGCGGAAGAAGCGAAAGUGGCGUAUGGAUCUAGUUAAAAGAAUGGAGCAAUAUAUCUCCGAGGUCGAAGACUCUAUUCUGCGAUACGGAGCCACUCAACAUGCUGGACUUACAUUUAAACCAAGUACAAUGAAAGCAGACGCAGACCUACGUUUCUUAGCGCUUAAUCUUCAUCAGCAGUUGAUGACUGUUGGUAACGCAGCACCUACGUCUACCAAAGAUGUUCAGCACGGCGACGAAUCAAGCGCUGUUCGCUACGCCCGCCUCGUCAAUUCGUUUGUCGGAACUCUUGUGUCAUCGCCGUAUCAAUCGCGAGAAUCGAGCGUACGUGGGCAGCAGACUGAUCUGGAUUCCGUGCAGUUUGUGGAUGAUGAAAUUGCCGAUGAUAGUGAUACUGUUUCGCAUUUGCCGACGGAAGAAUUACCACUGGAGCCUGUUGAGGCAUUACGUCGACGAAUGAUUUCAUUUGAUUCCGCAGAAACAAUUGUCAGUAAGGGAGCUGCGGGACAGGGUGAUUAUGUUCCUUCUGAGCAGCGAAAGCUGGCAGAGACCAUUGUCGCGAUGGGAAUAACCGAAGAAGAGUUCAAAAGUAUUUAUGGGCUCGACGACAAUGUUGAUACUUCGAAUGCAGUCGACAUUGGGUCCAGAAUAGUUAUACACGAAUCCGAUUGUGACGAUGUGAAAUGCUAUUCAAGGUCGCUUGGCUCAGUAUCCGGUAUAAAUAUGAAGAAGAAAUUGAUGGCUAUUGAUACGAAUGCAACAGGUCACCCUCCAUUUUACAAACACAGAAUGUACGGAACGACAACAGUUGGAGCAUUUGCGGCACACGUGUAUGGGUUUAAAAGCGGUGGUGUGCGGCAAAUGCGUGAAGAACUGGAAAAGUUUCAAGCACGAUCAGUAAAAGCCGCGCAGGCAAGUUCAGAUCUCACGAUGGACGCUUUAGAGCGUAAGUACAAUGAACUGAAGUGGGAUGUAGAGCGCCGACUUGAAGUAGCGUUUUGUCAGGCGAUGAGCGCUCUUGUCACAUGUUUUCAGCAAACGCUUUAUGUGCAUACGCACGACCACCGGGAUUUUGGGCCUUAUCCACUUAGAGCUUGCGGAAUCGACUACCUUGAAAUGCUCACGAGAGUUGGAUUUCUUUUUUCGGUUGAAAGCCUAUUAUCAACGUAUGGUAAUGAAUUAGGAAUGUUAGGUGACACAGAGGCAGCUGUCAAAGAACUUGGGCGCGUUCAAAUUAAGCUGCGGCCUGUCAAAUCACCAAGAGCAGCCGCUUUUCGUGUGUCCAUUACAUCUGGACCUUCGGGCUUCGUGAUCGAACUUCCAAUCAUUACGCGCCAAGCAGGUGAAUUCCCUCAUCGUAGUAUGCAUCGAGUUCCAGGUCAAGACGCAGUGUCUGGAGCUAUCUAUCUUUGGCUAUCAACCCCAGAGCAAAAGAUGCGCGCAAAAUUUUUGUUUCAGAAGCUAAUCCGAGUUGUACCCGUGAUAUUUUCUCAGGGAUUGAAUGAAAUGCAGACAGUUGCUAAUACGGUCGGCAAAGCAUCUGUCCAAAAAGACAUUAAUGCUGAAAACGUGAUGGAGCUUGAGGCGUAUGUAAAGAACUUUACUGAGUGGGUUCAUAAAAAACAGCGUCGAGACGUGUCAUCAAUUCCGAUUUACAGUACUGAAGACCUCGAUCGUAUUCAGACGUCAUUGAUUGCUUUGAAGGUGAAUAUUCAGCUUUCUGGUCGAUCCAAACGGAUGGCCAUUCUCAGUCUGUCAUCAUCCAUCGCCCGUUGUGUUGGGGGCGGUCGAGUCACGAUGUGCAAGUCUGCAAAGGAUCGGACAUCCAUGUCGAUCACUCUUGAAGAGGCAAACUUGCUUGUGCGUUCACAUGGACUUGUCGCUGACGAUAUGGAGGCCUUUACAAAUCUGCUUCGCACGUACGGUGUUCGUCGUGAAAAUGCACGGAAGAACAUUGGAAAAGCUCAAUAUUGUUUCAGCGCGUUGCAAAAUUAUAUGCUGCCGCAAGAUUAUCAAUGCCCACCCGGCACAGGAGGUGGCAGUCGAGCGUAUUCGUAG